CAAUCUAUAAUUUCUUCAAUUCUCACUGGUUUUCUUUUUCUUGCUUUAAUUUUGGUUUCCCUUUAUACCCUCCAAGUCUCUCUCAAUCACGAGGGUAACAGAAGAAAGCGUCAACGGUUUUUGUUUGAUUCCCAUGAAAAAUCUUGGUGCGUGAAUUUUGUUGUGUAUGGAUGUGUAUGAACAGCAGAUGUGAUCAGGAUAACCUUAUAUUGUUUCUCAUCGUACACAAUUUCACUGCCAUUGUGUUUGUGUGUGUGAAAGAAGAAAAAUGAUGGUGAAUUUUGCGGUGGUGCUCGGUCUUCUCGUGACGGCGCGUUUAUGUUACGCUACCGGAAAUGGGUUUCAGGUUAUGAAGCAUUUGAAUCGUUUCAACAAACCUUCAAUGAAAUCGAUCAAGAGCCCAGAUGGUGAUAUAAUCGACUGUGUUCAUAUCUCAAAUCAAGCAGCUUUUGAUCACCCUUCUCUCAAAAAUCAUCAAAUUCAGAUGAAGCCAAAUUUUCAUCCGGAAGGGAUGAAUUACGAGAGCAUGAAAACAUCAUCAGAAAAGCAGGAAACAAUUCCUCAAUUAUGGCGUUUAAAUGGGAAUUGUCCGAAAGGAACAAUCCCAAUUAGAAGAACAAAGAAAGAAGACAUUCUCAGAGCUUCUUCGAUCAAUAAAUAUGGAAAGAAAACCAGUCAAUCCACUGUCGCACAUCCAACUUCUGUAGAUCUCGACCUCAUCAACCAAAGUGGCCAUCAGCAUGCAAUUGCAUACGUUGAAGGAGAGUUUUAUGGAGCAAAAGCAACCAUGAAUGUUUGGGACCCACAAAUACAACAAUCAAAUGAAUUCAGUUUAUCUCAAAUUUGGUUACUCGGAGGCUCAUUUGCUUCCGAUCUCAACAGUAUUGAAGUUGGUUGGCAGGUUAGUCCAGAUCUUUAUGGGGAUAACCACACGAGAUUUUUCACAUAUUGGACUAGUGAUGCAUAUCAAGCUACAGGCUGUUACAACCUUCUGUGUUCAGGAUUUAUUCAAAUUAACAAUGAGAUAGCAUUGGGGGCUAGUAUUUCUCCUAUUUCUAAAUACCAUGGUUCCCAAUAUGAUAUUAGCAUUCUUGUUUGGAAGGAUCCCGAGCAAGGAAACUGGUGGAUGCAAUUUGGGAAUGGAAAAGUGCUCGGAUACUGGCCCGCAUCUCUAUUUUCUUACUUAACCGACAGUGCAUCAAUGAUCCAAUGGGGAGGAGAGGUGGUCAACUCAGCCUCAGACGGGCAGCACACAACCACCCAAAUGGGCAGCGGGCACUUUCCCGAAGAAGGAUUCGGGAAGUCAAGUUACUUUAGAAAUGUUCAAAUUGUCGAUGGGUCAAAUAGUUUAAGGGUUCCUAAAGACAUACAAACUUUCACCGAGGAGCCAAAUUGUUAUGAUGUGCAAACGGGAAAGAAUGGUGCUUGGGGGAGUUAUAUUUUCUAUGGUGGUCCGGGCAGAAACCAGAACUGCCCGUGAAAAUUGAUCAUAUAGUUAAAGAAGUUUGUGCUGGUGUAUGUGUGUUAUUUUUAGGUUUAAUUGUGUAUAUGUCUUCUGAUUUGUUGUAAUUUGUUAUUGUAUACGGUAUGUUAGAAACAAGAUGAUGUUAUCGAUUCUUUCGAUUUUAUGUUUUUGUAUCCAUAUGGCCCUUAAAGAAUCUUUAGGGCAGUUAUAAGGAAGAUGAUGUUUAUAUUCUCACA